UGGUAUUAUGAAUAAUGUUAUGUCUUUAGGUGUAUACUGAUCAGGAUCAUUCUUUAUCUGGAGGAAAGACAAGAAAUCAUCUUUACCAGCUCAUCACAGAUUUCCUUAAUUUUCACGGCUUCAAAUUGUCAAAUAACCAAAGCUAGAUGUACAUAUAGCACAAUGAUAUGAUGCCAAUGUGUUUUUAACUGCCUAAUGAUUGCCCACUUGUUUAUUUUAUUUUUGCUAUUGUGUUUAAUUUGUAAGUUCACUUCCUCUCAUUAUAAAACAUUGAAUAAUGUAUGUGAAAUUGUGAAUGCACGUCAUAAUAUCAGUUGAAGCCUUGCAACUCAGGCCUUGGAAGUAGUACUUUUGGAAACAUGUUCCUAUAGUUUUUAUGUCACAGCCAAGUGUACAACUGCAACAAUGAACAGUAAAUGUAACACUUGUAUGUUUGCAUAGAUAUGAUGUUUGCUAACCACAGAGUCGCCCACAUUGCAAUUGCAUAAUGGCAGCCAUUCCCAGCCCCACUGCAAAAGACUAUGAACCUGCUAAGAGAAGUGGCCAUUCUACAGUAAUAGUAGGAGACUGUCUUUAUAUGUGGGGUGGGGAGAAAGAUGACCGUCCUAAAGUACACAAUAUUGAGAUAGAGAGAAGAGUAUCAUCAGUUGUAGAGGUACUUCACCUUCUGACUGGUAGGUGGGAGCAGAAACCUACCACUGGUGAUCCUCCACUGGGUACCAGGGAGUACGCAGCUGCUGCUAUUGGGAAUGAGAUAUUCUAUUAUGGAGGACGUUGUAGUCAUCUCCGCUAUGAUGAUAAUGUUCUGUACAGUUUAAAUGUUGAUACUCUCAAAUGGAGGAAAGUUGUAUCUACUAAUGAUAAGGAUGGUCCUAUUAAGGUGAUGGUUGAUUGUGGUAUGAUUGCUGUAAAGAUUGAGGGAGAAGAUUAUCUUGUAAUAAUUGAACCAGGAUCUAUCAAUAUUCAUUAUUUUAGAAUUACUACAGGCCAGUGGAUCCCAUCUAACGUUACUGGAGAUGUCACUGUUCGAAUUAAGUACUUCAAUUUGAUUUCAGUAGAUAAUACCAGUGCUAUUUUACUUGAAGACGAUCAUAAUGUUAUGUCAAAAAAUUUUGUGUAUCAUCUUACAUUUACUAAAGGAUCAGUGGUUUGUGAAAGGAUAUUUAAUGGGAGCGAUAUUGUUCAAUCACUGUAUUAUCAUCGCAGUGUAUUACUGAGUAAUCCUUCAGGACUGAAACUUCUGGUUAUUGGUGGCAAUAUAAGUGAGACAUUUGAUAUCAACAAAACUAAUUGGGAAGAGGUCAAUGUUCCUGAAUCAGUCAAAAAUAGGAUAUUUCAUUCUCUAUCAGUUUGGAAUGAAGAUUCAACCAGUACUUGGAUCAUAGAGUUUGGAGGGAUGAGAAAGACAAAUUAUGCUAAUCUCAGUGAUACAACAUUCCUUAAUAUCAGUGAGUAUAAUAAUAACAACUACUGUAUAACAAUAUACUAA